AAGAUUGUAUCUCUGCCCGUCAUGUUUAUUGUUUUUCAUUUUGCUAAGCGAUUUAUUUUUCACUUUGCUGCUUUUUGCGUUUCACAACUACAAAGCGAGGGAAACGCAAAAGAUUAUUGUAAAAAAAGAAGAAUUAUAAAUAUUAACAAUAACAACAAAUAGCAAGAAGUCAAAGCUAAGAUUCACCAGCAAUCACUGGAGUAUUUGUCAUCGUCACACAAUCGUACAAAGCGAAGCCAAUUCUCUGGAAGCUGUGCUGUGGCACUUUGCAACAGAGACGACGGAAACCGGAGGCCGCAGACGAUAGCUAAGGUGCUGGCGCUGGCGCUGUCGAUGGCGACAUAAAACUUAACACAAAGCCUUACAAGCCGAUCAGUCGACAACAUUUCACUUUGGCUGUAGGAAGCAACCGAACCAAUCGCACCGACAGCAAUAGCAGCAACAGCAGCAAACAACAACGGAAAUAUCAGUGCUGACAGCAACAAAUAUCGGAAAAGAAAUUUUUAUAGCAGACGCAAACGACAUUUUUACAGUUCGUGGAAGUUCGCGACAUUAAACACACGCAAUUAAUUUAAGUGUUUGAGUAAAAAAAAAAAAUUCGCAUAUUGCAAGUCAAGCGUUUUAUAAGCGUGUUGUGGGUGAAGUUAUUCGAUAGAAGACGGACAAUGAACAUGAAACGCUGUCAAAGCGCUCUGCUGCACCUGUCGCUGUUACUCAGCGUUUUGGCGCUAGAUUGCACACUCGCCGCCUCCAUUUACACGCUAGAUGACACAGCGCCUGCCAAACCAACCGAAAUGCCCGCCAAAUUUGUCGUUAUCACCGAGGACGUCAUACCCGAUGUCGCGAAUACAACACAAAAAGUGAUACGCGUCAAUCCACUCGAUUUGCCAGCGCUGUCUGAAGACUCCAGCGGCAGCGAAGACUCAUCACUCUACAAAAUACAGAGUUUACUGCCAGCAAAUCGCAACUAUGUGAACUCGAAUCGCAUGCGCGUCAAGAAAAUGCGUCCCAAUGAUAUUAAGGCCGCCACCGACAGCAAGGUUGCGGAUUCGCCGAUCAUUCGACAACUUACCGAACCGAAAUUCCGUAAACCUAGUCGCAAUCAAAAGAAGAAUCUACAUUUUCUCUACAAUCAGGAAGCCUUGGAUGGUCAUAAAGUCAGCAAAACUAUGAAUGUGCGUGUGGCGCCUGGCGCUUAUCCGGUUUACUAUGCGGUUUCUAAAACCAAUGGCCGUUUUGGUAAAUAUCCAAUAAAGGGGUUUCGCACGCCAACAGAAUUUCUGAAAUAUUUGGCCAAAAGUAAAGUGACGCAUUGAAGACAGCAUUUGGACAGUUGAGUGGCAGCAGAUUUGCAGCUCUGAUAAAAGAGCAAUGCUGAGUAUGGGUUGACGCUUUUCCUUUUUAGGUAAGCGGGCAAUAUUCUGGAAGUACUAAAUUAUAAUUUAAUUUUCAAAAAUAAACAAAACCUGACAUAUAGAUUUAUGUGUGAUUUGUAUAAUUAAUUUUAAUUUAGUAUUAUUAUGACUUUAAAGAUAGUAUUUAUAAAUAGUGGCUUAAUGUACUUUAAAAUCUAUAAAUGUUUACUAUGUAAUUUUAAAAAGUGCCAAAAUAAAGUCGAAUUAUUUAAUACAAAAA